UUUGCUUGAAAUCAUCCUAUGUAAAUCACGUGACCUGUAGAUAAGUCCACCAAUCGAUUGUCUGCCACAUGACAACAAGAUGGCGGGGUUUUUCAGCUGCACGUUGGUAGCUGCUCUUGUAUCGGUUUCUCGUGCUGGAGUUAUUGAUCUAACUGGUAACUGGACUCUCCUGAACAAUGCUAGAGGUGUGAAGAUUCCAGCCAGUGUCCCAGGCAGCAUGUACACAGCCCUGUACUACAACAAGCUCAUCCCAGAUCCUCUCUACCGAGACAACGACGUUAAGCUACGAUGGAUUGGACGAGAAGACUGGACGUACACACGCACCUUUCAGUUGGGUUCAGAUGAACUGGCUGCCUCUGCCCUGCGUCUUGUCUGUGACGGCCUGGACACCAUCUCAACCGUCUACAUCAACGAUCAGAAAGUCGGGACAUCAGAGAACAUGUUUGUCCAGUAUGUGUACGACAUCAAAACUGUCGCCAAGGUACAAAUGUGUGUCACAUAUGUCAAUAAACUUGUCAAAAAGAUAUUUACUAAUAUUAUCUUACCUACUAAGGGGCCCGUGAAGAUCCGGAUUGCCAGGAUGUGA